GCGGCGGGGCGGGGGCGCGGGCGGCCCGGGCGGGGGGGGCGGCGGCUGCUGCGGGCGCCGGGCCCUCCUCGGCCCCGGCUCGGCCCGGCGGCUCGGCCCGCGGGGGAGGCUGGGCGCGGCGGCGCCCGCGAGAGGCCCAGCGCGCGGCGAGGUGACGGAGGGCAGCCGGAGGCCGGCACGCACGCCCGGGACGGGGCCGGGGCCGGGACCCGCCCGCCUUCGGCUCUGGCAGACGCGUUGCGGUUUCUAUGCUCGGAUGCUGGGGGGCCCACCAGUGCGGAGGGGCGCACAUGAAGUCACCGUGAAGAGGGUGGCUCUCGCUUCCACAAACCUCGUCGCUGCGAGGUGAGGCUAAGAUGAGCAUAACCAGCGACGAGGUGAACUUCCUGGUGUAUCGCUACCUCCAGGAGUCAGGCUUCUCCCACUCGGCGUUCACCUUCGGUAUCGAGAGCCACAUCAGCCAGUCGAACAUCAACGGGACGCUGGUGCCGCCCGCCGCCCUCAUCUCCAUCCUGCAGAAGGGGCUGCAGUACGUGGAGGCCGAGAUCAGCAUCAACGAGGAUGGCACGGUAUUCGAUGGCCGCCCCAUAGAGUCCCUGUCCCUGAUCGACGCCGUGAUGCCCGACGUGGUGCAGACGAGGCAGCAGGCCUUCCGGGAGAAGCUGGCGCAGCAGCAGGCCAGUGCGGCAGCCGCGGCGGCGGCGGCGGCGGCGGCGGCAUCAGCAGCAGCAGCAGCAGCAGCAGCAGCCACGGUGGCCACGGCCACCACGACAGCCACGGUGACCCCAGCAGCUGCUUCCCAGCCCAGCGCCCCAAAGAACGGGGAAGCCACAGUGAAUGGGGAGGAGAACGGAGCACAUGCCAUAAAUAAUCACUCGAAGCCCAUGGAAAUAGACGGGGACGUGGAGAUCCCACCCAGCAAAGCCACGGUGCUUCGGGGCCACGAGUCCGAGGUCUUCAUCUGCGCCUGGAACCCCGUGAGCGACCUCCUGGCCUCGGGGUCCGGAGACUCGACGGCGCGGAUCUGGAACCUGAACGAGAGCAGCAACGGGGCGUCCACCCAGCUCGUGCUGCGGCACUGCAUCCGCGAGGGCGGCCACGACGUGCCCAGCAACAAGGACGUGACCUCGCUGGACUGGAACAGCGAUGGGACGCUGUUGGCCACGGGCUCCUACGAUGGCUUCGCAAGAAUCUGGACGGAAGACGGUAACCUGGCCAGCACCUUAGGCCAACACAAAGGCCCCAUCUUUGCCUUGAAAUGGAACAAAAAGGGGAAUUACAUUUUGAGCGCUGGUGUGGACAAAACAACAAUAAUUUGGGAUGCCCACACGGGAGAAGCCAAGCAGCAGUUUCCGUUUCACUCUGCCCCCGCCCUCGAUGUGGACUGGCAGAACAACACGACCUUCGCCUCCUGUAGCACCGACAUGUGCAUUCACGUCUGCAGACUCAGCUGUGACCGCCCCGUCAAAACCUUCCAGGGACACACGAAUGAGGUCAAUGCCAUCAAGUGGGAUCCUGCUGGAAUGUUGCUGGCGUCCUGCUCCGACGACAUGACAUUAAAGAUCUGGAGCAUGAAACAGGACACGUGUGUCCAUGACCUGCAAGCUCACAGCAAAGAGAUCUACACCAUAAAGUGGAGUCCCACCGGGCCCGCCACCAGCAACCCGAACGCCAACAUCAUGCUCGCAAGCGCUUCGUUCGACUCCACGGUCCGGCUGUGGGACGUGGAGCGCGGCGUGUGCAUCCACACACUCACCAAACACCAGGAGCCUGUCUACAGUGUCGCGUUCAGCCCCGACGGCAAGUACCUGGCCAGCGGCUCCUUCGACAAGUGCGUGCACAUCUGGAACACUCAGAGUGGGAGCCUGGUCCACAGCUACCGAGGCACCGGCGGCAUCUUCGAGGUCUGCUGGAACGCCCGAGGGGACAAAGUGGGCGCCAGCGCAUCCGACGGCUCCGUGUGCGUGUUAGACCUGCGGAAGUGACCGCAUUGUCCCGGGAAAGAGAAGAGAAGUCAUGGACCAGCAGUGGUGGGCACGGGGGCCUCGGCACCCCUGAGACUCGAUCCUGCAGCUGCGAGACUGCGCGGGCGUGGCACGUGGGCAUGACCUUGGAGCCAGCCCCUCCCGGCCACACCCGGAGCCUGUAUUCCGUAGUCCUCACCGAAACCUUUCACACAUUUGUAUCGGAGGGCAGCCUGACGCCACCGGCCGGAUGGUGCGUGCACACGGCUCUGAUGCUGGCCACGGCGGGGGGAAGCUGUGCCAAACAGGAAGAGAAAGAAAGCUGCGGUGAUCACCCGAAAGCUCCCCACCCCCCACCCCCGCGGGCUGCGUGGUUCCCUCAGGAUGGGGACACCGCGGUUGGCUUGCAGAGGAGAUUCCGAGACCAGCCUUUGCUGCGGGAACGCGCGCCUCGGUGACCCUGACUCCUCUGUGCCCCACAACCUUCGUUGUCCCGGCGGCUUUGCUGGGCCUUCUGUCCACCAUGGGGCUGGUUUCGCCUUCUUCCCGUCCCUGUCCUUGCCCGCCCGCCCCCCCCCCCCCCACCACCACCUUUGUCCUCCCUUCCGUGUCUGGAUUUGCUGUAGAUGUGGCCUUGGGGACAUGUGGCAAAAUCUUUGUCUACCGCUUUAUCGCUCCUCCCCUCCCUUCUCCUCCCCUCCCCUCCCCUCCAUCCCUUUGUCAUAGUUGUUUCCUAUGCAUCGUAGGUCUCGAGGGCACUCUCCACGCAAAAUAAGUGCUUUAUGUAGGAAGGCAGGGCAGGGGGGCUUUUUACAGGAGAAAAAAAAGACUUAUAAGAGAGAGAGAGCCCGGAGUAUUUUUGGAAAAAAGAAAAGAUAUUUUUAUGUUAAAACGAUUUUAAAAUCCUACAAUGGCCAUCAGACAGAAAGCUUUGUGCGGUUCCCUAUUUUAAACUAUUCCGGGGAGCGGUUCCGUGGCCUCGGGCCACGUGGCAAGUGGGAGGGCACCUGUGGGGGACAGAUCCGAGGACGCCGCGGGGUUCCCUCGGCGGAGGGACACCCCGCUCUUUCCGGGGGGCAGCCCGGGGUCCCUGGAGUCUGCCUGUGUGGCCGCAGGAGGGGAAUGAAGGCGGGUGCGCUGUGACCUCAGGAGCGAGUGCCCAACCAGAUGGUAUUGAAGCCAUUGACACAGAAGGCGCUGCUCCGAGUCGCCUGUAGGUGGCACCACCUGGUUCCCGGGACGGCCAUUGGCCCAGGAGGCUGGGGGGGGGGGGGGGGCGCGGCUAGCACGGCUGACCCCAAGGCGCUGGGUCUCCCUGGUCCGAGGUGAACAGGAGGGAGGCCCCGCAGGUGAACCACAGGUGGAACGUCACCGUCACCUCUGUCUCCAUCCCUUCUUUCUCCGCCAAAUGCGCGUUUCCUUUUCUAAUCAUGAGUCUUUUAAAAGUUUUUAAAUAAUUAAACCUGGCUUUGUGUUCCCA